GUUUUUACAGUGCGCGCAGCAGGUUGAGUAAAGAUGGUAACAUUAAACAUUAAACAGUAAGAAACGCGUAAGUGUUUAGUUUUCCGACUCUGUGAGGAAGAUGUCCAGACUCCAGGGUCUGAGGGUUUUCGUCAGCCAGCGGCUCACCGCGGCCGUGGAGGAGAUAUUCGGACAUUUAGAGAAAACCAUCACCGAGUGCGAGGAGGAGAUGGACCGCCGCCACCGUAAACUGCUGGACGUGGCUUUGACACCUGAAAUGAGGCAGCGAGUGUGUCCUGCAGAUGUCCAGCAGCUGUUGGUGAGUAAAGAAGAGGCUCCCCCUGAGCAGCAGGAGUGGAGCCCCAGUCUGGACCGGGCGGAACCACCAGAGCCCCCACACAUUAAAGAGGAACAGGAGGAGCUCUGGACCAGUCAGGAGGGAGAGCAGCUUCAAGGGCUGGAGGAGGCCGAUAUCAACAAGUUCUCAUUCACUCCUGUCCCCGUGAAGAGCGAAGAUGAUGAUGAAGAGAAACCUCAGACCUCACAGCUUCAUCAGAGUCAGACUGAGGAGAACAGAGAGGCAGAGCCUCCAGCCAGCAGCUCCGCUGAACAAAUGAAAACUGAAGCUGAUGGAGAAGACUGUGGAGGACCAGAACCAGCCAGCAACUUGGAUCCAGACAGAGAUUUACGAUCAGGUACUCAUGACAAGACUUGGGACCCUUUUGAACCAAAGUCUGAAGUCAGUUUUUAUGAGUGUAAAGAGUCCAGGGAACCUCAGUCAGGAGAAAAUAAUGACGUUCCCGUGAGCGAUAUGGGAUGCAAUACGUGCAAAUCAUUUAAAUGUUCUGAGUGCGGAAAAAGCUUUGGCUCCAUGGGAUAUCUGAAGUUACACAUGAGAUGUCAUACGGGAGAAAAGCCAUACAGGUGUCCAGUUUGUAGGAAAUGCUUUUCAUGGAGUGGACGUUUACGGAAACACCUGAGGAUCCACACAGGGGAGAAACCUUUCAGCUGCUCAGUGUGUGGUAAAGGUUUUGUUGAAAGUGGAAAUCUAAAGGUACACAUGAGAAUUCAUACAGGAGAGAAACCCUUUAUCUGCUCAAUCUGUGGUAAAGGAUAUGCACAAAGGGGGAAUUUGAAACAACACAUGGCAGUCCACAGAGAGGAGAACUUAUUUAGCUGCAGUGUUUGUGACAAAAGAUUCGCUUGGCUUUCUCAGCUCAAAAACCAUCAGUGUGUUGGUGGGUCCUCGCAGUUUCAUCAGAGUCAGACUGAGGAGAACAGAGAGGCAGAGCCUCCGGCCACCAGCUCCGCUGAUCAGAUGGAAACUGAGGCUGAUGGAGAGGACUGUGGAGGACCAGAACCAGCCAGGAACUCAGAUCCAGAUAGACAUUUACGAUCAGAUACUCAUGACAAGACUUGGGACCCUUUUGAACCAAAGUCUGAAGUCAGUUUUUAUGAGUGUAAAGAGUCCAGGGAACCUCAGUCAGGAAUAAUUAAUGACGUUCCUGUGAACGAUAUGGGACGCAAUAUGUGCAAAUCAUUUAAAUGUUCUGAGUGCGGAAAAAGCUUUGGCUCCAUGGGAUAUCUGAAGUUACACAUGAGAUGUCAUACCGGAGAAAAGCCAUACAGGUGUCCAGUUUGUAGGAAAUGCUUUUCAUGGAGUGGACGUUUACAGAAACACCUGAGGAUCCACACAGGGGAGAAACCUUUCAGCUGCUCAGUGUGUGGUAAAGGUUUUGUUGAAAGUGGAAAUCUAAAGGUACACAUGAGAAUUCAUACAGGAGAGAAACCCUUUAUUUGCUCUGUUUGUGGUAAAAGAUAUAGACAAAAAGGAAGUCUGACUAAACAUCUGGAGGUCCAUAGAGGGGAGAAAUGAAAUGAAAUAGAUAAAAUAAAAACUUCUGAAACCAGAAAAAACUGAGUUGGUGGUAGUUUUUAAAAUACACUGUGCAAAAAUCAAUGCACAGCAAAACCACCGCUCCCUCUUUCUAGAAACAAAAUACAAGAGUUCACGGUUCCUUGGAUGAAAAUGCAUCUUCCUCUGCAGACAUUUCUGUCUACCAAAUUUUCCGCCCCGUUGAAUUUAGCUAAAACCACUAAAAGCUGGACUGCGGUCAAAUAGUCCUUUUUUGCUUAAGAAGGUUCCUCACUGAAUGAAAUGACCCCGGAAGUAUCCAAGUGGCAGCCAUGAUGAGCGCUGGUCGAUUUCUCUAAAUGCUAAGGAAAGGAGCUUCACUGUUUCCUUUCUUAUCUCCUUUAGCAUAGGACACACUGGACCACCCUUUACGAAAGGAAAGAGGAAAACUCCGUCCCACAAUUCCUUGCGCCAGUAGCAUUUUAAGAGACGCACCAUUCGGCCGUUUAUGAAAAUGAACGAUCAACAUGACUGUCAAGGGCUGCAGAUCAUCGUGUAAGUAAUCGUUGCUUAUUAAGCAUUUUCCAUCUUGUGCGAUAACUUGCUUGUUAAACCCAUCGGCGAACUUAGACCCACGUCAAUAACAUCUGCCGUCGCAUAUUUACGCAUCUUAGUGUAAGUGGAGUCAGAUUCUCUCAGCACCGCGGUCGUCUUUUCCUAUGUCCUUAUGAAUUCUCCUUCACAUCUUUUCUUUACCUCAUUGUGUUUUCCAUCGAGGUCAAGGAAAAGUGGUUAGGAAAGGACAUAGGACGGCCGAUUGUCAAGCACAGAGAGCCUGAGUGA